CUCUCCUCCAUCUCCGACCGCUGAGUGCCGAUGUCAUGGCGCUCUCCCACCACUUCGUCCCGCGCUUCUCCUCCUCCUCCCUCCCCACCCCUAAAUCUCCGGUCGUUUCACUCCGUUUCCCGAACUUUUCCACGGGAUUGCCUGCCCGUUCCCGCGGUCUGCGGCCGCUCAUCAGGAAGCCUCCUUCCGUGAGGGCAAGCGUAGCAGCGGAACUUCCGGCGACGUCGCAGCCUGAGAAGGGGGAGGCUUCACCUAGAGUGUUGCUCGAGGUCAGGGAUCUCACCGCCGUAAUCGCCGAGACGAAUCAGGAGAUCCUUCAUGGAGUGAAUUUGACUAUCUACGAAGGGGAGGUCCAUGCAGUUAUGGGGCGAAAUGGUUCAGGGAAAAGCACGUUUUCUAAGGUUCUUGUUGGUCACCCAGAUUAUGAAGUGACUGGAGGUAGUGUGGGUUUUAAGGGCAACAAUUUGCUGGAAAUGGAGCCUGAGGAAAGAUCUCAUGUGGGGCUUUUUAUGAGCUUCCAAUCUCCAGUGGAGAUCCCUGGUGUAAGCAAUCUGGAGUUUUUGCGCAUGGCAUCUAAUGCUCGCAAAGUUAAGCUUGGUCUUCCAGAGCUUGGCCCCAUUGAGUUCUAUGGCUAUAUUUCACCAAAGCUUGCUGCUUUAAACAUGGAUCCAAGGUUUUUGGAUCGAAAUGUGAAUGAAGGAUUUAGUGGUGGUGAAAAGAAACGUAAUGAGAUUUUGCAACUUGCGGUUUUGGAGGCAGAUUUGGCUAUCUUAGACGAGAUCGACUCGGGCUUGGAUGUUGAUGCCUUACAGGAUGUAGCAAGGGCAGUUAAUGGGCUUUUGACUUCCAAGAAUUCUGUAUUGAUGAUCACUCAUUAUCAGCGGCUUUUGGACUACAUAAAGCCAAAAUAUGUUCAUAUAAUGGAGGAUGGGAGGAUAGUGAGAACAGGUGACAUUUCACUAGCAAAGCAGCUGGAACAGGAAGGUUACAAAGGCAUUUCUGCUUCUUAGCGAUAUGCUCACUUUCACCCAUGGAGUUUCAUAACCUUUUGCUGUCUGCACAAUUUGCUGAUGUGUGAAAUAUGCUCUUCUCUGGAUGCAUGUUUUUAAUGAGUACGCUGCUCUCUUGGCAGUGUAUGGUUCAGCCAAAAUUUUGUCAUUUCAGGAGUAUUAGAUAACUUGCCAUCUCGAGUAUCUUAAUACCGCCUUAUGUCAACCUUGGAGCAGACAACUGCGGAGCCAUCUCAGAAGUUCAAUGCCAUCACAUGGCUGUGGGAUUUUGUCCAGGGAGGUCUUAGGACUUCAUAAAUCCAUGGCAACUUGUAUUCUUGCUGAGUGUAGGUUGACAUUUUAAGAUAUUAAAAUGUAGAGCAGGAAUCUGGAAUUUUUGUACUGAUUGCAUAAUGUAUCACGAAGCAUUUUGGUCUUGACUGGGAUAGGUUAUUCCAUUUAUUGCUGAAUAAGAAAUAAUUUUGGUGCUUAUCUGUAA